GUUCGAAUUCUUAACAAAAAUGUAUAUCUGUUUCUUAUCCCUUCUUUCGUGAUUACUCGCUACUCCUGUUUUUAUGGUGUUUUGAAGAUGAUUUGAUAUAGUUAAGAAUAAAAUCGUGUCACUCCUUGCAGCUAGAAAAAUGUGCUUUGGGCCUUUCAAAAGAGUUUGUCAUUGGGGACCUUUGACAGCUCUAGGAAUAAUUAAAAUAAUUACAUAUACAAUGGUACAUUGCAGUAACAUGUUACUUCCACCCACCCAGAGCUUUGCAGGAUUUUUGAACAUGGUAACUUUUCUUAUCAACAGUGGCCUUUCUAUUUACAAUCUUUUAAGUGCAAUGUUUGAAGGUCCAGGUUAUCUUCCAUUAAAGUGGUGUCCAGAAUAUCCUGCCGAUGAAGCAUAUCUUCAGUUCUGUAAAGUUUGUGAAGGAUUUAAAGCUCCAAGAUCACACCAUUGCAGGAAAUGUGGUCGAUGUGUCCUGAAGAUGGAUCAUCAUUGUCCUUGGAUAAAUAACUGUGUUGGUCAUGCUAACCAUGCUCACUUCACUACAUUCUUAUAUUUCAGCGUCAGUGGAAGCUUGCAAGCUACUGCUAUUAUGGGAUAUACUCUGUACAGAGCAUUUUACAGAGCAUGGUAUAUGCAUCAAAUGCAGAGCAGUUUAAUAUCUAAUAAUACCAUUCAGUUUACUGUGACCACUUUAAUAUUAACUGUUUUUUCUAUUGGAUUGUCAAUAGGAGUAGUAUUGUCUGUUGGUGCUUUGUUAUUUUUUCAGUUGCGGUCCAUUUUGCGAAAUAAAACCGGAGUUGAAGAAUGGAUUGUCAAAAAAGCUGUAUACAGACGACAACCUUUUCACAACAAAGGCUUUGUUUUUCCUUAUGAUCUUGGAUGGAAAAAGAAUUUUAUACAGGUUUUUAAUUGGAACCUAGAACCCAUGGGUGAUGGAAUCUCUUGGCCCGUUGUGAAAGGAUGUAAUCAAUAUACUUUAACGAUUGAACAAAAGGAGCAAAAAGUGGAAAAACGUGCUCGUACCAGAACUUACAUGGCAGUAAGAAAAUAUAGUGGGAAUUGGUUCCCUAUAUCUCAUGGAUUUGGUGUAUUUCUCCAUCCACCUUGCACUGAUGAGCCAAGAAUGCCUCUUCGACCAUCAGAAACCAUUAACGUUACUCGAUGGAAAAAAUAUUGGCUUUUUGGUGAAAAAGUUGGAGAAAACGUAGAUCAGCGCGGUUGGUUCCCCAGAAAAUGUGUGGUAGAUAUUGGAGAAGAUGCCAUGCGAUAUGAAAGUACCUUGGAAAAUAAGAAAAAUAAAUAAGAGGGAAGUCAACAAUGAUCAGUUUGCUUUGAAGAUUUGUCAAAGAUGUCUGUUAGAGAGAGUUGGAUAUCUAUUUAUCUGGAUCAUUCUUUGACUCUUUCAGGUUAUACAUUUGAAUCAACCUGAGCUAUAAAUAAACAACACAAGUGAUUUUAUGAAAGGAUUGGGAUUUGAAGAAUCAGAUAAGAAAAUGAUGAAUAUAAUGCCAAAUUAUAAUUUGGUACUCAUCUCAAUGGUGUUCCUCUUGCACAAUCUAUCUUUAGUUAGAAAGUUAGAUUAAUAUUUAUGAAUUUGAGCUUAAUUAGCAGUCUAUUUGAUUUUCAGUCAAGUUAUGAAACUUUAUAUAUGUGUCUCUGUAGAUUUAUUCUCUUACAUCUAAAAAUUAUUAAAAGAAUCAUUUCAAAACUCGAGGUUCUGUGUUUUGUUUGUCAUGAUAAAUGAACUGAGGUAAAGUAAAUGAAAAUAAGUGAAUUUUUUCAAAGUUGUCCAACCGUUAAUAUAGAAACAUUAAAUAACACCGUGAUUGAAAAUUAACACAACUAACUUUUCUUUCCAAAUAGGAUUGAAAUGGUGAAUUUAUUUUUUUUAAACCAAUUGAGCUGGUCAGUAACUAAGGAUG